AUGGAUCCUAAUUUAUCAAAGUCUGAUGGUUCAAGUGUCAAUGCUUAUGAUAUCGAUUCCAAUGAAUUAUUAAAGUAUGAUGAUUCAAAAGAAUCCAAGGAAUGUAUUAAUUUAAAUAGUGUGAAUAAUAUUGCUUAUAAGAAAACUAGAAAGGACUAG